AGACACGACGAGGAGGCUGUGAUUGACCAGGGCAGGACGAGCAAUGUGGUCAACAUCCACUAUGAGAAGGAGGAGCUGGAAGGCCACCGGACCCUGUACGUGGGCGUGCGGAUGCCGCUGGUGCACACCCCAUCCCAGCGGGUCCAGUUCAUCCUGGGCACGGAGGAGGACGAGCAGCACGUUCCUCAUGACUUGUUCACGGAGCUGGAUGAGAUCUGCGUGAAGGAGGGGGAGGAUGCCGAGUGGAAGGAGACAGCCAGGUGGCUGAAGUUUGAGGAGGACGUGGAGGACGGGGGUGAGCGCUGGAGCAAACCCUACGUGGCCACGCUGUCCCUGCACAGCCUCUUCGAGCUGCGCAGCUGCAUCAUCAACGGCACCGUGCUGCUGGACGUGCGCGCCACCAGCGUCGAGGACAUCGCCGUCCCAGCCCAAACCCUCACCCCUCACCCUUCUCCCACCACUGCAGAAGCUAAAAAUGGGGUGACCCCUGAGACCAGUGCCAUGGACCUGAGCAAGGCGGAGCUGCACUUCAUGAAGAAGAUCCCCAGCGGAGCGGAGGCAUCCAACGUGCUGGUGGGAGAGCUGGAUUUCCUCCACCAGCCCCUCGUGGCCUUUGUCCGCCUGACCCCGGCCGUGCUCCUGUCGGGAAUGACAGAAGUUCCCAUCCCAACAAGGUUCCUGUUUGUUCUGCUGGGGCCAGGAGGAAAAGCCCAUCAGUACCACGAGAUCGGCAGGUCCAUGGCCACCACCAUGACGGAUGAGGUUUUCCACGAUGUUGCCUACAAAGCCAAGGACCGGGCUGACCUCGUGGCUGGCAUCGAUGAGUUCCUGGAUCAGGUCACGGUGCUGCCUCCAGGAGAGUGGGACCCCUCCAUCCGGAUCGAGCCCCCCAAAAACGUCCCCUCCCAGGAAAAGAGGAAGAUGCCGGGAGCUCUGGAUGAGAGUUCUUCCCACAGCAAACCGGAGAAACACAGCGGUCCUGAGCUGGAGCGGACUGGGAGGCUCUUUGGGGGUCUGGUCCUGGACGUGAAGCGCAAGGCGCCGUGGUUCUGGAGCGACUUCAGGGACGGUCUGAGCCUGCAGUGCCUGGCGUCCUUCCUGUUCCUUUACUGUGCCUGCAUGUCCCCCGUCAUCACCUUCGGGGGCCUGCUGGGGGAGGCCACCCACGGCCACAUUAGUGCCAUGGAGUCACUGCUGGGAGCAUCCAUGACGGGCGUGGUUUAUUCUCUCUUUGCUGGCCAACCCCUCACCAUCCUCGGCAGCACUGGACCCGUCCUGGUCUUUGAGAAGAUUCUCUACAAGUUCUGCAAGGACUACACGCUCUCCUACCUGUCCCUGCGGACGUGCAUUGGGCUCUGGACUGCGUUCUUCUGCGUGGUGCUGGUGGCCACGGACGCCAGCUCCCUGGUGUGCUACAUCACCCGCUUCACCGAGGAGGCCUUCGCCUCCCUCAUCUGCAUCAUCUUCAUCUAUGAGGCCCUGGAGAAGCUGAGCCACCUGCGGGAGACCUUCCCCGUGCACAUGCACAGCAAGCUGGACCUCCUCACCAUCUAUUACUGUAAGUGUGAGCCCCCAGCUCAUCCCAGCAACGAGACCCUGCGGAUCUGGCGGAGCAACGGGGUCAACGUGUCGGGAAUCACCUGGGGAAACCUCACAGUGACCGAAUGUCGCUCCUUGCAUGGGGAGUUCCACGGACCUGCCUGUGGACACAAUGGCCCCUACGCGCCCAACGUCCUCUUCUGGUGCUGCAUCCUCUUCUUCUCCACCUUUGUCCUGUCGAGUUUGUUGAAGAAGUUUAAAACCAGCCGUUACUUCCCAACCAGAGUCCGAGCCACAGUGAGUGACUUUGCUGUGUUUCUCACCAUUGUCAUCAUGGUGCUCAUCGACCUCGGGAUCGGGAUCCCGUCCCCCAAGCUCCACGUCCCCCACGUGUUCAAGCCCACCAGGGAUGACCGUGGGUGGCUCAUCAACCCCAUUGGGCCCAACCCUUGGUGGACGGUGUUGGCCGCGCUCAUCCCGGCCCUGCUCUGCACCAUCCUCAUCUUCAUGGACCAGCAGAUCACAGCCGUCAUUGUCAACAGGAAGGAGCACAGGCUCAAGAAAGGCUGCGGGUACCACCUGGACCUGUUCAUGGUGGCCGUGAUGCUGGGGGUGUGCUCGGUGAUGGGGCUGCCCUGGUUCGUGGCCGCCACCGUCCUGUCCAUCACCCACGUCAACAGCCUCAAGGUGGAGUCCGACUGCUCCGCGCCGGGCGAGCAGCCCAAGUUCCUGGGCAUCCGGGAGCAGAGGGUCACUGGCCUGAUGAUCUUCGUGCUCAUGGGCUGCUCUGUUUUCUUCACCUCCGUGCUCAAGUUUAUCCCGAUGCCAGUCCUUUAUGGGGUCUUUCUGUACAUGGGAGUCUCAUCACUCCGAGGAAUUCAGGUAUGGCUGCUCCAAGGAAUUUCCUCUCCUGAAGGCCUUGGGGUGGGAAAAAUGUCUCUGAGAGCAGGAAAUUCAAAUGGUUUUUGUCAGGGAUGGUGGGUGCAGGCUCAGGAAGUUUUUACAGCUGGCAGGGCCUGUUCAGCACUGGGAGGACCCAUUUCAGUGCUGAGAGGGUCCAGUUCAGCACUGAGGGAGACAUUUCAGGACUGGAAAAGCCAGUUCAGUGCUGGGACAACCCAGUUCAGCACUGGGAGAAGCCAGUUCAGCGCUGGGAGAGGCCCAGUUCAGCACUGA